AAGGACCAUCAUGAGUGAAUAUGGUGAUUCUGAAGUGGAAGGGGUCAUGACAGGCCGGCCGCCCAGCAGUUAUGGCUCCAUGCAUAGCGAUGAUGAUGAGGAUGAAGAUGACUUUGAACCUCCGGUCAAACAUGCAGAAACAAAGGUCAGGCUUUACCGCUCAGGAUCACCAGAGACUGCGAUUACUGGACGAACACACACAAACCAGUCCAGCAUAUACCAAGAUGGACCGUUUCUGCGACAGCAGUCCAUCGUUCACAAAGAACCCUCUCAUUCAAGACACGAGGAGCCCAUGACCGUGGAGCAAUCUGAUGUGCAAUCUGAAUGGACAGACCGAGCGCUGAAUGAAGAGCCGGAUGACCGAGAGAUGCGUGAGACCAACCUGCCGGAACAGCCCAAUGAAAGUGCUGCGAUGGAGGAGCAGAACAAGGAGCCGGUUUAUGAUUUCGAUGAAAUUGUUGUACAUUAUGAGGACCCGAAGGAGCCUCCGCCGCCGCCUCCAGAGGGCGCCGGUCUGCAGUUUCGGCACACUCACAGCUCUCUCACCCUGCGCCAUGUGCUAACGGCCAUGGUGAAAAGUCUUAGUCAGAUCCAUCCAUCAGAGAUGUCAUUUUAUAAGCGUUGUCUGAGCAGUAACUACAAAUUCAAGAAGAACUACCCGGUGAUCGCGGAUCUUACUGACGCGCUGGAUGUGGCUGAUAAAAUGAUCGAGAUCUGUAAGCUGGGAGAGGCUCUGCAUCUCACUGUACGAAACCUCCAAAACAUCGGAAGGAACGAAUUGUCCAAAACCCUGAGGAAGACCUGUAGAAGAGCCUUGUUACGGUAUGAUCUGAAAGUAGCCUUCGACAGGCGCUAUUACUCUCUUUACGAGGGCCGAUGCCGUCCAGGUCAGCAGCGCUACAUCAGUGACGUCUACGUCGAACCCGUAACCGUCAUCAGGGGCAGCAGAGACCCCGUCAACCCUGAGAACGAGGUCCAGCGGAUCCCGUACACGAUCGAGGAGACGGCAAUCAGGGCCGCCGACAUCUUCCGCCCGCUUCCCACCGACCAUAAACCAAUCCGUACGGUCAUGAUGACGGGGAUCCCUGCCUGCGGUCUAACGGUGGCCGUCAAUAAGUUCAUCAUGGAUUGGAUGGAGGAAAAAAACAAUCAGGAUUUUCAAUUAGUGUUCCCAAUCCCAGCGAAGGAGUUGCACAUUGAGAAAGGUGGAGAUCUGAGCUUCCUAGAGACGCUCUCAAACUAUUUCGCUGAAGCUGAAGAAAUCGGAUUCCUCGAGAAGGAAGAUUGCUUGAGUCUCUUCAUUAUUGAUGGGAUAGAAGUUUGCCGUCAUAAACUGGACUUCGAAAACAAUGAAAUCGUAACGAGUGCCAGGAAGAAAGCACCACUUGAUGCCAUUCUCACCAGCCUAAUCAAAGGCACGUUGCUUCCUAACGCCUGUGUUUGGCUCACCAGCCACGUCAGCGACGCCUACAAAAUCCCUGCCAAUUUAAUCGACAGGUUUGUAGAGUUGAGAGGAUUCACGGAUGCAGGCAAGGAGGAGUACUUUACCAAGAGAACGACCGAACCUGAGCUCGGUAGGAAGGUUUACAACCAAAUGAAACGCUCCAAAGCUCUUGAAAUCAUCUGCCAUCUUCCUCUCUUCAGCUGGAUGGUGGCGUUUAUCUUCGAACGGGCGUUUCGAGAUCCUGAUUACGGCAAACAUCCACCCGGCAUCACAGCGUUUUAUUCGCAGUACAUCGUCGUCCAAAUGAACCGCUCGUUCGAGAAGUAUCGCGGCUGUAACGUGGAGGAUCAAAAGUGGAGGGAUGAAGAUAAGACGUUUCUAGAGAUGAUGGGGAAGAUGGCGUAUCGGAUGAUUCAAGAGGGACGGGACUGGUUUAACAUGGCUGAUUUGAGAAACGUUAACCUGACCUAUGAUGAUUUGCACACUCGGGAUGAGUUAACCACCGAAGUCAAGCGGGCGAGCGAAGACGUAGAGACGUGGGUCUUCAAGUUCGUCCACGUUACCAUACAAGAGUACAUGGCCGCCAUGUACGUGUACGUGGCGUUUAGGAAACACGCGAAAAACGUGUUUAUAUCGAGCCAAAAAUCUUGGUUACAGGGUACAACAAGCAAGGAUCGCCCCAUGAUAGAGAUGUACCGUCCCGCCAUCGACCGCAUGCUGGCUUCUCCGAACGGACAUCUGGACAUGUUUCUCCGCUUUUUGAUCGGAUUGGUGACCCCAGGAACUGAGGAUAACCUCCGUGGAUACCUGCUCAAUCACUAUCAUCCCAAAGCCAAAGGCACGGAGGACGUGGUCAAAUACAUCAACAAAAAGAUGAAGGAAAACCUCCACCCCGACAGGCGCAGAAACCUGGAGUUGUGUCUGGUGGAGCUGGAGGAAGGCAAAGAGGAAAGAUGAGCGGAAAUAGUAGAAAAUGGAUUAAUCUCUCGAGCGGGACUGUGGAACACUAAACUAACAGCAGCGUCCCGCACAA